UCUGGCUGCAAUCAUGUACAUUGAUCACAAUGUGUUUUCUGCACAAGAUUCCAUGCCAGCGUAACGCAGUCAGCAACAGGACACUGAGCGAAUAAGCGGGCAGUGCAACGAUGACGAUGAAGACGAUCGAGAACAAGACGAGCAAGCUGUUGCGGAUCAACCUGAACGAGGAGGAUCGCCAGCCCAUCGUGUUCUCACACUGCAAGGACUGCACCAUCCAUGUCCUGUUUGAGUUCACCACGGGCCCAAACAUCACCAAAGAGUACGAAGAGUGGUGCAAGCUUCCAAAGGCCGAGAGGCCAAUGCAGCAGAUCAUCUUCGACAGCUGUGAAGGCAUGAAAGUGAACGAGCACACAUCAGUGGAUACGCUGUUUGUGUUCAACGACUGCAAAAGCUGCACGUUUGUGAGCGAAACGUGCGACCAAGCCCUGGAUUUGUAUCGCUGUGUGGAUAUGGAGUGCAAAGCCAUCCUGAUUAAACAAUUCAGGCUGCUCCAGUGUCGAAAUGUGGUGCUGGCCUGCAACAAUGAGUGCGACAUUGUCUCUCUGCACAAUGAGACGGAGCCCGCCAUCACACGCCGCUUCCAUGUUGGCCGCACGGUUGCGUCUGUUGAGAGCUACAAGAAGGCAAAAGCAGCCCUCCACCUUGAGGGCUUUAAGACGGCAGAUGACCAGCGAUACGCGUGACGCAUGCCUGCACCUUGUUCGUGUUUGUGUUCAAAUAUGUUGCUGUCGUGAUGUGAUACCCAGCAUUCAGCGUUCCUGGAGUACGUGGUGCUGGAAGUAUCGUCGCUCUCAUUUCGUUUGCACCUGCAGGCCAUGUGCGCUGGCACUUUCUGUCAGACAACCCACGCAUGCACACCCUGAUCUCACCAUCAUUACCCCCAUAAACGUUCGCGUAUUUAAUGGCUGC